AUGUCCGGCGAUAAGAAAGAACAAGAACAGAGUUUUAACAUCUUGCCUCACCCGGCCAAAUCGAAUAACCCAUCUGAUCAAUCUUCAGAACCAGCUGAACAUGGUGGAUUGCAAUCUGCAUCUUACAAUGCUUAUAAUGCCAAGGGACCUCAUAUUCCAAGUCAUGAGAUUCAACAAGGAUUAGAGCAACCUAAAUCUCGAGACGAGUUGAAAGCCGAAGCUGAGAAGCUCAACUCAUAA